GGGCGGGGCUUGGCAGGAAGCGUCGUUAGCCCCGGACCGGGCGAGCUGAGCUGUCAGGUCUCCUCAGUGAAGAUGGCAGGGAACAAGUCUUACACUAUCGUGGAAUAUUUCGGAGGAGAUGAUGGUUAUCGCUGCGGUUACUGCAAGAACCAGACUGGGAACUUUUCCCACGGGAUGUGGACUCACACCAUGACUGUGCAGGAUUACCAAGACCUGAUCGAUCGAGGAUGGAGAAGAAGUGGGAAAUACGUCUACAAGCCCAUCAUGAACAAAACGUGCUGCCCACAGUACACCAUCAGGUGUCACGCGCUGAAGUUUCAGCCUUCCAAAUCCCACAAAAAAAUCCUGAAGAAAAUGAGCAAAUUCAUCUCUAAAGGAGAAUUACCCAAAGGUCAGGAAGAUGGUGAGCCGAUGGACUCUGUGUGUGAAGACGCCGGUCCAAGGGAGCCCGUUAAAAUCUGUCACUCGGAUCUGAAGUGUGCUGCCGUCACAGACCUUCAGAAGGAAGCCGCAGAGUGUCCGACGAUCACAGACGCUCAGAAGAAGGACGAAGCUGACGCUGCACCGACCGGCUCAGAGACGUCCAGGAAGGAUCCGGUGUGUGUACCUGAUGGACGAACGACAGCUGCCGCUCCUAAACCAGGAACGGGCGCUGACGCCAGCAGGCCGCCGUGUCGGAAGGCCAAAGACCUGAGGAAGGAGCGCCGUCUUCAGAAGGAGCAGACGAGGCAGCUCGCGGAUGGAGCCUCCCCCAUCGUCUCACCCACACCCACCACCCCCGCCCAGAACAACCAGCCCAAACCUCUGGAAGACUUCAUGACCGAGUCGUUGCCUGAGAACUCGUCUCAUGGCCUCGAGGUGAGGCUAGUGCGCGCCAAUCCCCCUAGCCCGCAGUUCAAAGCCUCUUUCGACGCCUCCUACCAGGUGUACAAACUCUACCAGAUGGCCAUUCACAAGGACCCUCCUGACAAACCCUCCGAGAGCCAGGUGAGGCUAGUGCCGGUCAGCUUUGAGGACCCUCAGUUCACGGCGUCCUAUGAGCAGUCGGCGGCGCUGUACGCCUGCUACCAGAUGUCGGUUCAUGGCGAUGAUCCCAGCGAGUGUAGUGAGAGCGAGUUCCGGAGAUUUCUCUGUGAUUCACCACUAGAGGCUGAGUAUUCUCCAGAUGGGCCUGAGGUCGGAUACGGAUCUUUCCAUCAGCAGUACUGGCUGGACGGGCGCAUCGUGGCGGUGGGGGUGAUCGACAUCCUGCCCACCUGUGUGUCCUCCGUCUACCUGUACUACCACCCAGACUUUGCCUCGCUGUCUCUGGGCUCCUACUCUGCUCUCAGGGAGAUCUCGUUCACCAGGCAGCUGCAGAAACAGUCCCCCAAGCUGUCCUACUACUACCUGGGCUUCUACAUCCACUCCUGUCCCAAGAUGCGCUACAAGGGGCAGUACCGGCCUUCAGACCUCCUGUGCCCAGAAACCUUUGCCUGGGUACCGAUCGAGCGAUGCCUUCCCCAGCUGGAAAACUCCCGCUACGCUCGUUUCAACCAGGAUCCCGAUGCAGGAGACUCUCGGCUGCUGAAGGACAUCAGCCUGGUUCUGGUUCUCUACAGACGGACCGUCAUGCCGUACGGCGUGUACGCCCGUAAGCGUAAAGGAUCGAGUGACGAGGCGGAGGUGCAGCAGUAUGCCGGGCUGGUGGGUCAGGACUGUGCUGAGAGGAUCCUGCUGUACCGAGCCUGAACACACACACACACACACACGCCAUGUCACACCUCUGCACCUUUUUUUUAAUCUACAUGAACACACCUGCACACCUCCCUGCUGUAUGUGUGUGUGUGUGUGAAGCGCUUCCUGCUGCCUCUCUCUGUAGUCUCAGCUCCUCAGAGGCGGAACAACGAAGGAGCCGACCGCCGUCUGCUGAGUGUUUGUAUUCACACACGCGCUGCUUUCAUCAGCUGUCUUAUGUCAGUUUAUCCUGAAGCAUCAACCUUCAUCUCCUUCCUGUUCCAUUAUUUCUUUGGAUUUGACCCCCGCAGGGUGAGGUCGCCAAGAUGUCAGACUUUUUGAUACUUCGAUUUUUUUCAAGACCAGGUGUUUUUUAAACCAGCGUCAAAAUCAGCUUCAUUCAACUGUUUCCUGUUUGAGUGUCCUAUCAUGAGCAGCCAGAAAUGAAGCCACUCCCACUGCAGAGCUCGUGGAACAAAGUGGAGCUAACGGAGCAUUAAUAAUAUCAACAUCAUGAUUGAAAUGUUGACCUUUGACCUGUGUCAAUACCAGAGAAAAACUUUAUUCAGCUCACAGCGAGCCGUUUAUUGACGAGCCUCUGAGUGUUUGAGUCACCAGCUCGUCAACACAAAGCACCACACUUCAGUUUGUCCACCUUCAAAAUAAAAGCACCACACUUCAGUUUGUCCACCUUGACAGCUGUGAUUGGCUCCAACCCCCAGCGACCCUAAACGGGAAAAGUGGUUUAGAUGAUGGAUGGAUGAAUUGAAGUCUUAUUUUGUUACCAUGGUGUCAAACAGAUAUCGUUAUUGUUUGAUUUUUAAAAGAAUCAUAUCAAAGUUUCAAACUCUGAUGUUAUGACGACCCUCCCACCGGGAUCAGUCCCUUUAAUCCACUUUGAUCAUAUUAAAGCUUGAAUGCUGCAGAAGUGAUGCUGUUAAAUAAAGCUCCAGCUGCUUACGGCUUCAGCUCUCCUCUGAACCCUCAGAGAUCAUUUAGUCCUCUCCAUGUUCACUAUUCUGUUCCAGCUGCCCACUCGCAGCACCUCAGCAAAGGGUUAAUGUGAAGCUCAGAGCGUCUUUUUGUUCCUGUCUGAUAUAUUUAUGGCUUUAUUUGCUUUUCUUUUAAUAUCGACACUGUGUUUUUGAUUUGAAUCAAAUAAAGGGUUGUGUAUUCCCUG